CCACCAUGAAGGAAACUACUGAACAUGUCUCUCUGGACGAUGCCAGCUGGAGGCAGACCAAGACCCAGGAUACUAUUUUUCACUCUGAAGAAGAUAACAGUCUUUAUUUCACAUACAGUGGAAAAUCAAAUGUUCUGGAGGUCAAAGAACUCAACUACCAGGUUAACACAGCAUCCCAGAUUCCCUGGUAUGAGAACCUUGCUCAGAUGAAAAUGCCCUGGACUUGGAAAUCGGAUCCCCAUUCCCAUGUGACAGUUAUCCAAAAUCUGAAUCUAAAAGUAAGAAGUGGUCAGAUGCUUGCAAUUAUAGGAACCACUGCUGGUGGAAAGACAUCAUUGCUUGACGUGAUAACCUGCCGGGAUCAUGGAGGCAAAAUCAAGUCUGGUCAAGUCAUGAUCAACAACAAACCCAGCACUCCCCAGCUCGUUAAGAAAUGCAUAGCACACGUGAGGCAGGAUGACCGACUGCUCCCCCACCUGACUGUCAGAGAAACACUAUUGUUCGUUGCCAAACUGCGCCUUCCAAAGUUUUUUUCAGACUCACAAAGGAAAAAAAGGGUGGAAGACGUGAUCGCUGAGCUCCGCCUGCGGCAAUGCGCCAACACCAGGGUGGGGAACGAGUACCUGCGGGGCGUCUCCGGGGGAGAGAGGCGCAGGGUGAGCAUCGGCGUGCAGCUGCUCUGGAACCCGGGAAUACUCAUACUUGAUGAACCCACAUCUGGACUAGACAGUUUUACUGCACAUAACCUUGUGAUAACACUAUCCAGACUGGCCAGAGGAAACAGACUGGUUCUUCUUUCGCUUCAUCAGCCCCGGUCAGAUAUCUUCCAACUGUUUGAUUUGGUUCUUCUGAUGACUUCUGGACUCACUGCCUACUGUGGAACAGCUAAAGACAUGGUCCAGUAUUUCACAGAACUAGGCUAUCCCUGCCCAAGAUACAGCAAUCCUGCAGAUUUCUACGUUGACUUGACCAGUAUUGAUAAACAGACUGCAGAAAAGGAGAUGGAAAGCAAAAAAAGAGCAAAUACUCUUGCCAACUUAUUUCUAGAAAAGGUCAAACAUUUUGAUGAUUUCUUAUGGAAAGCUACUGAAGGAGACAACACUGAGACCCCAAUCAUCAAGCAGAGGAAUCCAGAAGAGGUUAUCAAUAUGCCUCACCAUUUAAAUGAUCAAUUACCAGGAGCCUUGAAGCAGUUCACAAUAUUAUUAAGUCGUCAGGUCUCCAAUGACUUCAGAGAUCUUUCAACAUUAUUAAUCCAUGGAUUUGAAGCCCUUCUUAUGUCAUUGCUAAUUGGAUUUUUGUACUAUGGCCAUGAAAAAAACGGACUCUCUAUUCGUGACACAACAGCACUGCUGUACAUGAUAGGUGCCCUUAUCCCAUUCACAAUAAUUUUGGAUGUCAUUGCCAAAUGUCAUUCAGAAAGAGCAAUGCUUUAUCAUGACUUGGAAGGUGGAAUGUACUCUGUUAGCCCAUACUUCUUUGCUAAGAUUCUGGGGGAGCUCCCAGAACAUUGCAUUUUUGUUGUAAUUUAUGGGAUUCCCAUCUACUGGCUGGCAAACCUUGUUCCUGAUCCAGAACAUUUCCUGCUGAACUUCCUGUUACUGUGGUUGGCUGUGUACAGUGCCCGUGCCAUGGCGCUUUGGGUGGCAGCUCUGCUGCCGACGUUACAGCUCUCGGCCUUCCUUGGCAAUGUCCUCUUCACAUCAUUCUACCUGAGUGGUGGUUUUGUGAUAAGCCUGAACAGCCUCUGGACAGGUCACUCAGGCUCUGGACUUGGACUCCCACCCUCUCUAUGUGAGCUACCUUGUCCUCACUGGCAUAAUUUGCAGCUUCCUGCUUUUAUACUAUUUAUCUCUGCGCUUUAUCAAGCAGAAAUCAACCCAAGACUGGUGAGAGCAGCGGCGGCAGCAGGUGACGGCCUCCCUUGCAGCAAGGCAGGGGAAGCGGGCUCCCCGGCAGCCGCCCGGGAGGCGGGAGCGGCGGGCGCCGGCAGCGCGGCUGCCACAGGAUGGCAGCAGAAGCCCAGGAGUCGGGACGCGGGCGGGAGCCUGCCACGGACCGCGGCUGCAGCCUGGGAUUGGGGUCGGGGGUGGGCUUUGGGUUCACUUUGGGUUUUGCCUCACGUACGGUUUGAGAGAGUCACAAGGCGCUUGCGAGUCCUGCACAUCUGGAAAUUGUCUGAGCUAUUGGCCACCGAUAUAAAAGGACCCAUGGCACUCUGUAAUAAUAGCUGAUGGUUUAGUCCAUAAUGUUUGAACAUAUGAUGAUCACUCAAUUCAGAGGGCUACAAGAGAACAGGAUCAAAACAGUUUCUGUGGCAUGUAUGACAUUUAACACAGAAGAUUUCACAAGUGCUUCAGGAGAACAUGCAAGGAUGGAAAACACAAUUGUUAACUACUCUGUGUUCUAAUUGCUUAUGUGUUUUAAAGCUUUGCCUUUGUGUUCCAGUAAUAUGCUGAUGAUGCCCAAACCAGGUAUUUUCUCACUGUAGGGAUGAGAGCUUGUAACAAAUAAAAUUAUCUCGCCUUCUUGGAUUUAUUUUUUACAAUAUAAAUGCAUACCAACGGUGUGUUAUUAAUGACAUCUUUUCCCCAUUGCAAUACACGUGCUAGCAAUUUGCCAAGUUUCCUUCCUAAGGUUCUCAGGUAGAAAACACCAACCUGCCCCGAGUAAUUAAAAAUCUAACUAUGCAACCUUUUAAUGCUUGUCAUAGUGCACCUAGGUAUGCUCAGAAAAUGAGUAUCAGUAAAUACAUGGCCGUAAUUCACAGAGUCAUGGUAAGUGCAUGUGCAAAUUAUGUGUACAGUUGCUGUGAGCAUUUUGUAAGAUCAGCUUGCUUGCUAUUAAACAUUUAGAUGCAGAUCUCUGUUCCUACACAUAGAAACCCGAAAGAGAUUGUCUACUUGACUUUCAUUUGCACAUCGCACACAGUGGAAAACUCCUAGUGUAGUCAGCUGUAAUGUCCCAGAUACUGUCAUGUAAAUUUUGAGGUUUGCUUGGUUUGGGUUGUUCUGUUUUGGUUUUGUUUUGGGUUUUUUUGUUUUGUUUUUUUAAGAAAUGGGGACGAAAGAACAACUGUGUUUUAUUAUUCUCUUUGGCAGUUAGGACUGCCGCGUUACUUUCCACAGGUUCCGCAUGGUAAUAAAUUCCCAGGAGGACCCCGGUCUGUAGAUGUUAAGCAGGUCUGAUAAAAUAAGAUCUUCAGCCCCAGGCAGCAGUAGGAAUCCAAAACGCAUUCUAAGGUGAAUCCUACCAUUUCUUUCUCGUUCUGCCGCAUCUGAUUUCAAAAAAACCCACUUGAUCCGAUCUUAGUGCCAUUUUGAAAUUAUCAGAUUUUCACUGCCUUUUAGUGGCAAAGCCAAUUCUUUCAGUCCAAUUCAGCAUCAUUAAAUUGUCAGAAUAGCAGCUUCCUGUUUGAUUCUUAAUUAGUCCUUUUUAUUAUAUUUAAGACACUUAAAUUUUUUUAAAGUGGUUUACUCUUCUUUGUAAUGAUCUGUUGUGAUUAGAAUCUCUUUUAUAUUACACUGAAGUUUUAAGGGUAUAUAUUGGUACUUCUAGUCUAAACCUCUAUUUUCAAGGUAUUUAGAGGAUUAAAUUCUAGGCUGACUCUCUGUUGUGAAUUCACUUUGAUGUUUAAUAAAAAAAAAAGGAGCGACACAAUGGGAGAAAUUAAAGACAUAAGGGACAGCUCUGAAUUUUAGGGGCAUAUUGUCAUGCACAGAAAUCUUCAGGCAUCUGGAUAAGAAUAUACCAUAGCCUUAACUUUGAAUUUCCUUCCUUUUGUGAAAUUAGUCAGGCUGCUGACAUUACUUAAACAGCCUUUUUCCAUUUAAUAUUCCACCCUCUCACCAUUAUGCAGCAGGACCAAACGGUGUGAGUGUUUCAGAGGUGGUGUUAUGACAAGGCUGGAUGUAUCCAUAAUGGGGACUUGAGCGGUGAGCCGAGGAACAGCCCGCGUGCCGAGUGCGGGAAGAGCUAUCAUAGGAUGUGGCCAGGCCUCUGUUUACACAGAAAAAGCUCAUAUUCUAUAUACUACAA